CCGAGGAGGCGAUAAGCAAAGCACUGUCGCAAGCGAGAGCGCUUCGAGCUGAGCGUCAUAGAGACCAUCGCAUUUUUCUCCACGCAACACAGGAGGAGGCUGGUGGAACUGGAAGCUGCGAAAUCGCGGGGAGAGGAGGACUCGCGGUGCCGGCUGCGGCGAGGUCCUGGAAAAUUUAUUUUGACUGGAUAACUUGUUUACGGUGGCUUCGUGGAUAUUCCAAUGACCUAGCAGUUCCUGUGGAGGAUGUUCAUUUGUAUUUAUCGUUUACUUACAGUAUUCAGGGCAAUGAUGAUAUUGGGAACACUGCAGCCUCUGCAUGUGAGUGAGCUGUAGAGAAACAAUAGAAAUGAGACGGAAAGGCUCAGAAGUGUCACCGAAUAAAAGGUAUCCCUUGAGAUCUGCACAUAGUAGUGGCAGAGUUCUUCGCUCUGCUUCAACCAAGGAUAAUAAGGCAAGUAGUGAGCCUCCAAAUGAUAGUGCUGCAGUCCAAUCAGCUGUGAGAAAAAGAAGAAAUGGCAGUCCGUCGGUCAGUCCUAACAACAGUGUUAGGGUGCUUCGCUCGGCGGCAAAAAAUAAGGAUGAUGCAUGUAGCGAGCCUUUAAAUGACCAGACCACUGCUAAGCCAGCUGCAAAUAAAAGAAAAAAUGCCAGUCCCUCGCAGGUGGGAAGUAUCACUAACACUGUCCGGGUUCUUCGCUCAGCGUUAAAAAGUAAGGACGAGGUAUGUAGCGGGCCUAUAACUAACAGGACUGCUGGUGAGCCAGCUGCAAAUAAAAGAAAAAAUGUCAGUCCCUCGAAGCUGAGAAGUCCCAGCAACAGUGUCAGGGUGCUUCGAUCUGCCUUAAAAUAUAAGGAGACAUAUACUGAGCCUUUAAAUGAUAGUACUGGUGUUGAACCAGCUGCAAAUAGGAGGAAAAUUGCCAGUUCCUCAAAGGCUGGAAGUCCCAAUAACACUGUCAGAGUGCUUCGCUCUGCUUUAAAAAAUAAGAGUGAGGCAUGUAGUGAACCUCUAAAUGAUAGUACUGUUGGCCAACCAACUGUGAAAAGAAGAAAAACUGGUAGUCCCUUGAAGGUGGCAAGUCCAGUUAGCAGUGCCAGGGUGCUUCGCUCUACCUCAGAAAGGAAAAAUGAGGCAUGCAGUGAGCCUUUAAAUGAUAGUACUACUGCUCAACCUGCUGCAGGGAAAAGAAAAGGUGAGACACUUUUAAACACAGAUAGUCCGAAGGUUGAUGUCAGGGUGCUUCGCUCAGCCUCAGGAAAGAAGAACGAGGCAUGUAGUGAGCCUGUAAAUGAUAGUACCUCUGCCCAAAAAGCUGUGAGAAAAAGGAAAGCUUGCAGACCCUUGAACGAUCGCAGUCCCAAGAAGGAGUAUGUAAAAGUUUGUCAAAGAGUUAGAUAUAUAUUGAAUCGAAUGAACUAUCAACAAAGCUUUAUUCAGGCUUAUGCAAGUGAAGGUUGGAAAGGUCAAAGUUUGGAAAAAAUAAGACCUGAGAAGGAGCUUGAACGAGCCAAGGAAGAAAUCCUACAGUGCAAGUUAAAAAUACGGGAAGCUUUUCGGAAUAUGGACGCAAUUUUAUCUGAGGGGAAGCUUGAAGAGUCUUUAUUUGAUUCUGCAGGAGAAAUUUCCAGUGAAGAUAUUUUUUGUGCCAUAUGUGGUUCAAAGGAUGUUACUUUACAAAAUGACAUCAUUCUUUGUGAUGGAGCCUGCGACAGAGGGUUCCACCAGAACUGUUUGAAGCCUCCUUUGCUAACUGAAGAUAUACCUCCGGGGGAUGAAGGAUGGCUGUGCCCUGCAUGCGUGUGCAAAGCAGACUCUAUAUAUGCACUAAAUGAACUCCAAGGAAGCAAACUCUCUAUUCAUGACUCAUGGGAGAAAGUUUUUCCUGAGGCUGCUUCACUUGCAAAUGGUUCUAAACAAGUUGGUUCUUCCGAUCUGCCACCGGAUCGUAUAGAGGACAAUGAUUACAAACCUGCAUUGGCUGAAGGGCACAUGAAUCAAUACAGGUCUUCUGCAGAGGAUGAUGACAAAGGUCAGAUUCUGAUGUCUCAUAUUUCAUCACCUUGUUUGAGCAUUCUUAACCUUUUAAAAACAGAAUGUCUGUUUCUUCCAAUAUUUGCAAGUACAGUGGAUGACCUUGCCUUGCCUUCGGAGGAUUCAGAGGAUGAUGACUUUGAUCCAGCAGGUCCAGAUUCUAGCGAAGACCAAACAAAUGAAUUGAACUCAGAAGAAUCAGAUUUCACAUCCGACUCUGAUGAUUUUUGUGCUGAGAUUGCUAAAUCUUGCGGCCAGGAUGAAGUCUCGGCAUCUCAAUUAUUAGAUGUGAUAAACUAUACUGAUAGAAUGAAAACCAGGGCUGUUGAUAACCACUCAAAUGAAGAAACCUCCAAUCGUACAUUUGCAGACAUGGAGCUUGAUCAAGGCAUGGUGCUACCAAUUUUGAGUAGGCGGAAGGUUGAACGGUUGGAUUACAAAAAACUAUAUGAUGAGGCAUAUGGAAAAGAAUCAUCUGGAUCAAGUGAUGAUGAAGAGUGGUCUGGGAAAGAACUAUUAGAAGGCAGUGGAACAGAUUCACAUGGUGAGCGACUUCAUCCUGCGAAACGAUGCUCUAGAAGAGCACCAGCUCGGCAACAGAAUAAUGAACAUGCCCCACAGAGGGAGUGGCUUCAUGGUUCUGAAAGUGUGCAGCAAACUGAAGUUCUUCGGUCCAAUAGCAGCGGUAGCACAGGACGGCAGUUUGGUCCUAUAGUUACCCAGAAAUUGAGGGUGCAUUUUGAGCAAGAUCCAUAUCCUAGUCGCGCAACGAAAGAAAAUCUGGCACAAGAAUUAGGAUUGACAUUCAAUCAGGUCUGCAGAUGGUUCUCUAGUACUCGUCAUUAUUCAAGGGUUGCUUCUGCCAAAAAAGAAAAACAUCCUGACAACCAUACUAGUGAGAAUAAUGAUAGCACAAAUGUGGAUAGCAUGCAAACGAGAGAACCCAGUGCUGGAGUAAUGGAAAAGUUGACUAUGGACAGUAGUGUCAUUGUUCCUGAGGAACCGAUGGUGCAGAAUAAUCUUAACCAAUGUAACAAAAAAGAUAUGCCACUUUCUGGAACAGAAAUUGAGAUGGACUCAUAUGGACAAGAAUCAUCUGACUCGAGUGAUGAAGAGUGGUCUGCAUUUAGCACACCACGGAAAGCAAGAUUGCAAGACAAGGAAACAGCAUCACCUGCUGAGUCACUUCAUCCUGCAAAACGGUGUUCUAGAAGAGCACCAGCUAGGGGGCAGAAUAAUGAACAUACUCCUCAGAGCGAGCACCGGCAUGGUUCUGCAAGUGAGCAGCAAACCGAUGUUCUUUGCUCCAAUAGCAGUGGUAGCAAAGCCUCCAAAUAUCAUUUUGGCCCUAUAGUUAAUCAGAAGCUGAAGGCACAUUUUGAAAAAGAUCCAUAUCCUAGUCGUUCAAUAAAAGAGAGUCUGGCACAAGAGCUAGGUCUGACGUUUAAUCAGGUCAGUAAAUGGUUUUCUGCUAUCCGUCAUUAUUCAAGAGGUGCUGCUGCCAAGAACAAAAAACAUCCGGGGAGCAAUACUACCGAGAAUGAUAAUAGCACAACUUUUGAUGGCAUACAAAUAAGAGAAACGUUGGUGGAAAAACCAUCUGCAGAUUUAAAUGACAUGAUUUCUGAAAAAUUGAUGGUCCAAAUUAAUCUCAAUGAAGGUAUCGAAGAAGAAGAUAUACCACCCAGUCAAUAUACCAGGUGUGAAGAGAGAGCGACUAUGACUCCCACUACCGUCUCAAGGGAAGUUGGCCCGCCGGGAUAUGGGCCUGGAGAAAACUUUCUUCAGAUCGGUUCAAGGAAUACUUGUGAGCAGAAUGUGAUAACGACUCCUACUCCAAUCUUAAGAGUUGAUCCACCAGGAUAUGUGCGUGGAGAAAACCAGGGCAAUGACUCUCCAUGGAAUUUGAGUUGCGAGCAAAGUAUGUUUAUGAGUUCUGCAACCAUCUCAAGAGAAGUUGGUCCUCCAGGAUAUGGACCUGAGCAAAACCAAGGCAAUGGUGUUUCGUGGAGUAUGAGCUGCGAGCAAGGAGUGCCAAUGAGUUCUACAGCCAUCUCAAGAGAAGCUGGUCCACCAGGAUAUGGCUCUGGAGAAAACCAGGGCAGUGGCACUUCAUGGAAUACAAGCUGUGAGCAGGGAAUGUUUACUAGUCCUGCGAUCAUCUCAAGAGAAGUCGGUUCGCCAGGAUAUGGGCCUGGAGAAAACCAGAACAAUGGCACUUCAUGGAAUAUGAGCAACAAAAAUGGAGUGUUCAUGAGUCCUGCGGCCAUCUCAAGAGAAGUCGGUCCUCCAGGAUUUGGGCCUGGAGAAAACCAGGGCAGUGGCACUUCAUGGAAUAUGAGAUGCGAGCAGAGAAUGUAUAGGACCCCUACAGCCAUCUCAAGAGAAGUCGGACCACCAGGAUCUGGGCCUGGAGAAAAUCAAGGCAAUGGUGGUUCUUGGAGUAUAAGUUACGAGCAUGGAGUGUUUACGAGCCCUACGGCCAUCUCAAGAGAAGUCGGUCCUCCAGGAUAUGGGCCUGGAGAAAAUCAGGGCAAUAUUACUUCGUUGACUGUCUCGAGUGAAGGUGGCCCGCCAGGGUAUAGCAUCGUAGAAAACCAGGGAACCGGUGGUUCAAGGAAUAUAGACUUGCAGCAGAGAGUGGUUGCGACUCCUGCCACCAUCCCAAAAGAAGUCUUUCCACCAGGAUACGGGCCUGGAGAAAACCAGGGCAGUGGCGCUUCAGGGAGUGUCAGAAUUUCUGGUAGGUCUGCAGAGAAGGUCGGAUUUUCAGAUGAGGCUCGGAAGAAGGCCAUACAACGGGAGCUGAGGCGGCGGCAGAAGUUCAGGUGAUGCUCAUGAUGGGAGCAAUCUGAUGCGGGACAAGUCUUGACACCGAAUCACUUAAAACUGCAGGUCCGGUCUUGAUGGCUAAAUGAGUGACGACCUUUCAGUUGUAGAGAAGCAAAACCCUUGUUUUGAUGUUGUUGUAGCAGUUGCGUAUGUUCCUUUUAGAGAUUUGCUUGGUUUCAUGGUUUGUAAAGAAUUUCUUACGAGUUCUGAAGUAUCUAACGUGCUGUGAAUCUUGUGCGGUUU